AUGUCUGAGCCAGUGGUGGUCUCGCUGCAGAGGGAUUACCGAAACUGGUGGACCACAUUCCCGGCGAUCACAGCCUGCUUCUUGGAGCGGGUACAGCCUGAGGUGGCUAAGAAAGAAAUUGAAAGACUUUGGAAUGUAACUGAAGAUUCGGACGCUGAACGAUUCCAGUAUUACUAUGGCUUCAUCGAGCAAGUCGCUGACGUUUCAUUCAGGACCAACCUGCAGAACUUCUGGAAGUACCAGAGCGACAACACCGUCAAGAACAUAGAUCUGCUAGAUUUGGCGCGAAGCGUGCAUCCGAACGUGACAUUAGGUGUAACCUUGUCACAGACUAACAAAGAGGUGCAAUGGAUACCGGUCAUGACGGAGGAGGGUUUGUGUUUCACACUGAACUCAGUGUACGCCGAAUACCAGUUCUUGCUGAAGGAGACCGAAUGGAACCAGCAGGAGCUACUUAAGUGCCACUACCACAGCGGGCAAUGUUUCGUCACCAUCAAUUCUUCGAGCAAUGUCGUUCGAAUAUUGCAUAAAGAGUACUUCGUGCAUUCUCCGUUCGACAUAGCGACUGCUAUAUCCAAUCCGACAGGGGAAGUGAUGCCGAAUGAAGAGCUUGUGAUCGAUUAUAAGGUGGUGGAGAUUCAGGCAGCGGCUCGCGUGAAGACAUUGACGCCGGAGCAGAGACGGUGCAGAUACCCAGACGAGUGGUAUGGAGCCAUCAAGGCGUAUAGCUUUGGCCUCUGUCAGAUGAGCUGUCGAAAUCGGAUGGCCUUAAUGUUCUGCGGCUGUCGGCCAUACUUCAAUAUCAAAGGAGAUGGCGACGUGUGUGAUGCGCACGGGAUGGCGUGUAUCGGACGGAAUGUGGAGAUACUCAUCAAUCUGCCUAAGAACCUGGCCAAAUGCCCCUGCAUCCCCCAAUGCGCCGAGCUCAACUACUAUUCUCACACAAAGAAGGUCUCUAUUCGCAACGAAACGCUGGACGAGGAAGCGGCCGCCAUUGCGCGGUACAACCUGAUGCCGCCGAAAUUUCGUCUGCACAGGGACGUGAUCUUUAGCCUCGAGGAUUUAUUCGCGUCACUUGGAGGGACAACAGCAUUGUUCGUUGGUGCAAGCCUGCUGACUGUCGUGGAGACCGCACUAUUUAUCAUUAGAUUGCUCCCUUUCGGGUUGGACGUCGGAGUAUUGAGCGUUGCAGCUUAUUUUAUAACGAGGGUGAGGAAGCCCGACCCCAAUAAUGUCCUCAAUAUAUUUGGUCCCGAUCCGUGGACCAAGGAAAGCGAAUUGAACCCCGAGAAAGUGGUCAGGUGCAUUGCGCAUCGGGGUGCUGGCUUGGACGCGCCCGAGAAUACAAUGCAGGCAUUCAAAUAUUGUGUUGACAGAGAUUGUAACUUCAUAGAGCUGGAUGUGAGAUCAUCGAGAGACGGGCAUUUGGUGUUGCUGCACGACCAGGGGCUGGAGAGGCUGACUGGCACCGAUAUUAACAAUGUUCAUAUCAUGAACUGGGAUGAGAUCAAAAACAUAGACAUUGGGGCUACACAUCCAAAUAGGCAACAGUACAAAGAGGUGCACCUUUGUCUAUUUGAUGAGGCAAUAGAAUUCCUGCUUGCCAAUAAUGUGAGGAUGAUUAUUGAUGUUAAAGGAAAAGACCAAGAGGUGAUAAACGGAAUUGUCAAGGCGUUUUCGAAACAUCCUACCCUGUAUGAAAAUGCUGUGGUCACCACAUUCAACCCUUUUGUUCUUUACAAGAUCAGAACCAGGGAUCCAGACAUCGUUGGGGCCAUCAGCUACCGGCCGUACUGCUUCAGCGCCCAGGACUACGACGCCGAGAGCGGACCCCACAAUCCAAGGUUCGGCGACAACCCGCUGCUGCACUCGGUGCUUCGCGCCGCCGACGCCGCCCACUCGCUGCUGUGGCGGCUGAGCGCGCGCUGGUGCGGCGCCAGCGCUGUGCUGCUGCACAAGGACAUAGUCAGCCCGAGCGAGGUCCAGUACUGGAGGUCGAUCGGCGUCCGCUGCGCCGGCUGGUCGGUGAACAGGCCGCUGGAGAAGCUCUACUGGAGGGGGGUCCUCAAGGCGCCGUAUCUGGCGAGCACCCUGCUAGGGGAGCCGGACGUCGAUGAACAAAGACGCGUUGAGAAGCGAACAAUACAAGAGAUGGAG